AUGGGAAGCCCUGUAUCAGUGACGCUAGCAAACUUGGUCAUGGAACACAUUGAAGAGACGGCCAUGGAACGGUUCUCCCGCCCAGUUAAGUUCUACCGGCGCUACGUAGAUGACACGUUCGUCAUCCUAGACAGGAACCACGUCGAGGAAUUCCACUCGGUUCUCAACUCCAUCGAAUCAUCGAUCAAUUUCACCGAGCUACGGGCAUGUGAAGAUGCGACGAUCUCCGCUUCCCUGGACAAGCGAGGCUACCCACACAGGUUUAUUGAGGACACCCGGAAACGUAUGCAGCCACGUAAACCGCAAGAUGGGGAUCGCUCCCGCCUGACCCGGGUCACAAUUCCAUACGUCAAAGGCGUUUCAGAGUCUAUCCGCCGGGCACUACUUCCAUUGGAAAUCUGGACGACCUUCCGACCGCACGUUAAACUGCGCAGCCUCAUCUCCAAGCCAAAGGACAUUGUCGCCCCAGAAGACCAGUCUGGCGUGGUUUACAAGCUACAAUGUCUAGACUCUGCUCUAGGCAGUGUGAGAGAGUACUGCGACCAAGCUACUAAGAUCAUUCGCCUCGAGUGUCACCAACGCUUCAACCGGGAAUGCCUGAAGCACAGUGUCGUUCCUCAAACCCUCAGAUGUCGGCCUCUUGUGGACACCCCGUAUGGCAGGAAGCUUGCUCGGGACUUCGGCAUCAACUGUUUGAAGGCCCGGCUCCUCGAAAACAAGUCGAAACUCAACGACUCCCGCCACCGACUGGACGCAGCUGAAAAGGCCUUGGUGCGUACCCUUCAGCCCGACGAGUUGCGACAGGUUUUCAGCGCCCGGAAACAGGCAGAGCUGCUAGAAAGAAACAAGCGGACCGAAAUUCACGACCAGAAGUUGUCCCGCCUGCUGCCGAAGAAACCUCCGGGGUAUGACUGCAAAAACGUCUUCAAUCUGUCAUCGAAGACACUCACCGACGGGCACGUAAGCCUUCUGUCGAAAGGACUGGAUUUCGCUCUCGCGCCCCGUGCUGUGCCUAAACGAGAAAUCAUAGUGGAAAUCGAAGACAGGCUUCGCCACAUCAAGGACUCAACAGGUGUCAACCUAGCACGCAGCCGCAUCGCCACAGUCCUAAACAACGUGAGUGGGCCACCCUCUAACCUGUCUAAGCAAGAACGGUCGGCGCUGCGUGACCUGCGCUCGGACAAAUCAGUCAUCGUCUUACCAGCGGAUAAAGGGAAAGGCACGGUCAUAUUGGACACGGAGGACUACCGUACGAAGAUGCAAGAGAUCCUUGACGAUGCUGCACAUUUCGUCCCCUUGACGCAUGACCCGACGGCUAAAGCGGAACGCUCUUUGGUGGACCACCUCCGUCAGUUAAAGAAGAAGGGCCACCUAGAUGAUGUCACCUACCGCCGCCUCUUCUCAUCGGACGGUGCUACUCCCAGAAUUUACGGCCUCCCCAAGAUACACAAGCCUGGGUGCCCUUUGAGACCGAUUGUCUCGUUCAUCGGGUCGCCGACGUACAACCUGUCCAAGUAUCUAGUAGAACUUGUGACUCCCGUUACCGGUAACAACAACCUGACGGUGCGCAACUCGAAGGAGUUUGUCGAGCUGGUCCGGACGCAGGCCCCAAGCAACAACGAUGUUAUGGUGUCAUUCGAUGUGGUGUCACUGUUCACCAACGUUCCGAAGGAUCUCGCGGUACAAGUGGCGGAGGACCGACUACGGAAGGACAGCACCCUGCCAUCACGGACGUCACUCACAGUUGAAGAGGUAGCUAUACUUCUGAGAGUCUGCCUCAAUCAAACUCAUUUCUGCUUCAACGGCAAGUGUUUUCACCAAAUCGAAGGAUGCCCUAUGGGAAGCCCUGUAUCAGUGACGCUAGCAAACUUGGUCAUGGAACACAUUGAAGAGACGGCCAUGGAACGGUUCUCCCGCCCAGUUAAGUUCUACCGGCGCUACGUAGAUGACACGUUCGUCAUCCUAGACAGGAACCACGUCGAGGAAUUCCACUCGGUUCUCAACUCCAUCGAAUCAUCGAUCAAUUUCACGUAUGAAGUCGAGCAGGGCGGCAAGCUUCCUUUCUUGGAUAUAUGUGUAUGCAGGGACAGUACGGGGAGCAUCCAUACGUGUGUCUACAGAAAGCCCUGCGAUACCGGCACUUUCCUAAGUUUUGAAUCACAUCACCCCCCGGAACAUAAGCGAAGUGUGGUGCGAACUUUAUUGCAUCGUUCAGAGCAAUUGUCGUCUUGCAGCGAGCUACGGGCAUGUGAAGAUGCGACGAUCUCCGCUUCCCUGGACAAGCGAGGCUACCCACACAGGUUUAUUGAGGACACCCGGAAACGUAUGCAGCCACGUAAACCGCAAGAUGGGGAUCGCUCCCGCCUGACCCGGGUCACAAUUCCAUACGUCAAAGGCGUUUCAGAGUCUAUCCGCCGGGCACUACUUCCAUUGGAAAUCUGGACGACCUUCCGACCGCACGUUAAACUGCGCAGCCUCAUCUCCAAGCCAAAGGACAUUGUCGCCCCAGAAGACCAGUCUGGCGUGGUUUACAAGCUACAAUGUCUAGACUGUGACACGUGUUAUAUUGGCGAGACAGGCCGAAAAAGAAGGACCCGCAUAAAAGAACACAAGAGCGACGUCCGGAACGCCACACAUGCCACGCGACUUAAGACCGAACUCAGCGAGCAUUCUUGGAACACUGGGCAUUGUUUCGACUACGAUAACGCGGUGACCUUGUUCCUUGGACCUGCCUGUGUUGACCAGUCCACGUUGUGGACCAGUCCCACUCUAGAAACCAGUUGGGCUAACUGGUACGAGUGGAUCAUACUGGUCCCUGUUCGAUAA